AUGGAAAUAUCGACUUAUAGAAUAGAACAGGUUGCUCAUACUCCCUAUAGCUUUCGUGGGUUUUUUUAUGGAUUUAUUAUCGGUCAAAUAUCUGUGCUUAUAAUAAUUGCAGUAUUUGUACGAUUUUUUUUAUUUUCGGCUGCUCAGCCACCAAAAAAGCGAGUGAUUAAAAAUCAACCAACAGCACCGGUACUUGGUGUUCAAUUUUCAUCCCAUAUCGCAAAUUCUUCUCCUAUUUCGUCAGAAAAUACCAAGGCGACAUCAUCUUCUCAGUUUCCAACUUUACUUUUUAGUCGACUUAACUUACCAGUCUCUACAUCCAAAAAUUUGACAAGCAAUGGCAAAAAUCAAAACGAAGAAAUACGAAAUGACCCAUCUGCACAAAUUUCAAAGCUAAUUUCUUCAGUUAUGAGAGAUGAAAGCAAGCGAACUCCGGAAUCUCUUGAUUGGUUCAAUGUAUUACUAGCACAGAUAAUUAACAAAUAUCGCAAUGAUGCUCGCGAUAAAGGGAGACUUGUAACUUGGCUAAAUUCAGUACUUAAUGGAGAACGCAAACCGGAUGUAUUGGACGAUAUUAAGAUAACAGAGAUCAAUAUUGGUGAAGAUUUUCCAAUUUUCAGUAAUUGCAAAAUUCAUCGCCGUGAUAAUCAAGGCAAUUCAACUACAAAUUCAUCUUCUGGGUCAAUAAAUAAUCCCGCAACUUCACAUUUAGCGUCAAAUUCAUCAAAAACAACUUGUUCCAACGGAAACACAAGUUUAGGUGAUAAACCUUUUAAGGACAAUUUACAUCAGGAUUCAGAUCCGUUAAAAGGGUAUAAAGAUGCCGGAGACUUUGUUGCAGAAAUGGAUGUUGACCUUUCUGACACUAUUACACUCGGAAUUGAAACCCGUUUAAUGUUAAGUCAACCGCGAUGGUUUAACACUGUGAUGCCGGUGUCUUUGACUGUCAGCAUCGUACGAUUUUCAGCUCGUAUGAUUGUUCGUAUUUCUCGGGCCAGCAACCUAGAAUCUAACGAACGUAAUUCUCAAAAGGACAUGUCUGAAAAUUUUCAAGAACAAAAGAAUACAAAGCUAGUUUUAUGUAUAUCUUUUAAUCCAGAUUUUACUUUAGAAGUUGCUGUGAGGUCAUUAUUAGGUGCUCGAUCUAGGUUGCAAGAUAUGCCACGAAUCGGUCAUAUAAUCGAAGGCCUUCUUCUCAAAUGGUUUACUGAUCAUUUUGUAGACCCAAACCACCGUGAAAUUGUUUUGUUCAGAUACAACACUGAAGAAGUUCGUACUUCUGAAUCGGACCACUAUGAGAACAAUAUUUCUGCUACUGAUCUAUUAUCAGAAAAUGCCGAUGUUCCAGAGGUUCCAGAUAAUAUGGAUAUUCCUAAUGGACCUCGAGGAACUAAUUAUACUAAUAGUUCAAGAGACGAAUCACUUUCACCAUCUGGGAUUAACGAGAAUACUAAUUUAUCUACUAAGAAUCCCGGUAUUAGUAACGACAGAGUUCAUAUUGAAAAAAUUGAUGAACAAGAAACAUCUGAACCGAAGUUUCCGUUACAGGUUCUUUUAGGAAGUGAUGGAAAUAAUCUUCAAGAAACAGGGUUAUGA